AAAUUAAAAAAAAAAGCAUAGCAGUGGAUUAAAUUGUAAGUAAAAGUUGAAGAAAUGUUACCUAAAGAGAUGCUAGCUUUGGGUUUGAUGCUGUUGAUGAGUAACUUUGCAGUUACUGUGGCUGAUGAAGCACUGGACCGAGCUCUGAGGCUGAUGUCUGAGACGCCGCUCAUCGAUGGUCAUAAUGAUCUACCAUGGCAGUUUCGAAAACAAUUUAAUAACCAGAUCAGCAAAGUGGAUCUUAACACACUGAGCACAACACACACCAACAUCCCCAAGAUCAAGGCAGGACGGCUCGGAGCUCAGUUCUGGUCAGCCUACGUCCCUUGCGACACGCAGUACAAAGACGCCGUCAGACAGACUCUGGAGCAGAUUGACGUGGUUCACAGGAUGUGCAACAAAUACCCAGAAACCUUCAAGUUUGCCUACACCGCUCAAGACAUCCUGGACGCAUUCCACAGCAACAGGACCGCCAGUCUGAUCGGGGUGGAGGGGGGUCACUCCCUCGACAGCAGUCUGGGCACUCUGCGCAUCAUGUAUGAUCUCGGGGUCCGCUACCUCACCCUCACACACUCCUGCAACACGCCCUGGGCUGAUAACUGGCUUGUUGACACUGGAUCGGAGCCUUCCGAGCACAACGGUCUCUCUCCAUUCGGCAAGCAACUGAUUGUGGAGAUGAACCGCUUGGGGAUGCUGAUCGACUUGGCUCACGUGACCGUCACGGUGAUGAACCAGGUGCUGGACAUAUCCAAAGCUCCGGUCAUCUUCAGCCACUCCUCUGCCUACUCUGUGUGUCCCCACAAGAGGAACGUCCCCGACGAAGUCCUCAAGAAAGUGAAGGAAAAAAGAGGAAUCGUGAUGGUGAAUUUCUACAACGACUAUGUGACCUGCAGCGAGAAAGCCACACUCUCAGAUGUUGCUGAUCACUUUGACCAUAUAAAGAAAACGGCUGGAGCAGACAUCAUCGGGUUUGGUGGAGAUUACGACGGCGUGACGAGAGUCCCUGAAGGUUUGGAGGACGUGUCCAAGGUGCCCGACCUGGUGGCCGAACUGCUGAGGAGAGGAUGGACCGAUCAGGAAGUCAAGAUGGCUCUGGGCGAGAACCUGAUCCGAGUCCUGAAGGAGGUGGAAGCGUUCCGUGACUCUGUGGCCAGCGCAGCCCCCGACGACGUCCCGAUCCCGUAUGACGAGGUCCAGAACGGCUGCAGGACGAGCUACGGCUAUGCAGACGCUGGAAACGCUGCAGCUGUGCAUCCACUCAGCACUCUGGCUCUUUUGCUCACAGUGGCUCUCCAGGCUUUCUUCACAUUCAAAGCUUGA